CAGUCAAUUAGCUAUCAGGUAGUGGCGCAUGGUAGUACUCACCUAGUGGGGCAGAUGUGAUUUAGAAUCUGUAUCCCUGAUUUAGAGAGAUUGUGGGAAACACGCAACUAAGAUAUGUCCAGCACAGUAAGUUAGCAUAAACGUCUCUAAAAGAGGACUGGGCCUUUUACCCACUUUAAAAACUACCAGCCGACUCAGAAACUGCCAGUAUUGAAGAAGGUACUCUGUUUGACAGUAAAUUAACCUGAGGUAGUAUUCACAUGUUCCUACCAGUUCCCUGUGUUACAGUUGGACGUUUAAUGGAUAAAACUGCGAGAACAAUACGUAUCUACCGAAAAACCAAUGUGUGGUUUCCAUAUGUGGACUCUUGCUCGACAACGACUUCGCGCUUCCACCAUCAAGCGUAUAAGGCUCCCCACCAAUCUCCUCCUUGUGCCUGCGCACGCAGGUAAUCCUUCACUGGCGGGAACGCGAUAGAUGACGUAAGGGUCGUGCUCGCGCAGUGAUGAUGGCGGUGCGUGAACGCGCAGUAGCAGUAAUGGCUGCCCUGGAUCGGCGGGUCCCCAGUCUCGAUGAUUUCGUGGGCCAAAGCUGGAGUUCCUGGGUAGAAAGAACAAAUGUUUUCGUGUCGGAUGCUGGAUCUGACACAGCAGAGUGCAGCAAGAAUGGGAAGACAAAGAUGGAUACCAUGACCCUGCAGAAGGAGGAUAUGUGGGUGUUCGGACACUGUCCGGCGCAGGAUGAUUUCUACCUGGUGGUGUGCAGCCACUGCGGACAGGUGGUGAAACCCCAGGCCUUCCAGAAGCACUGCGAGAGACGGCACAGGACCCUCUGCAAACUGCACACCUCCCCCUCCGGCCUCCUACAGCGGCCCCGCCUACCGUCUGCCCACGGCAGGCCCCAGGGAGCGGGACCCCCCUGUGGCCCGUCGCAGACCCCCCAGACAGCACCUCACCACCGGCACGCCAAGACCCAGGAGCUGGCAGCUGGUUUCUCCCCUUCAGACAGGGUGUCCCAGGCAGGCCCUCCCAACUGCAAUAUCAAGAAGCCCCCUCCUUCAGACUCGCCCCCGGCCCCCAGCCUCAGGGACCCCCCCUGGCCCCACGGGGCCACCCUGCCCAGCAUGACUCCCCCAGCGGAGAAACCUGUCCUGCGGAGGGGGGAGCCAGGGCGUUCCCCCAACCUCAUGCCCCCCCUCCGCGGGCCCAGAACCUACAAGAAAGUGUCCAGGAAAGAAUGUGAUCUGGACAAGCACUGUGGAGUGCUGGACCCAGAGCGGAAGAUGCUGUGUACCAGGCUGCUGACGUGCAAUAUCCACUCCAUUCAUCAGCGGCGCAAGGUUCUGGGGAGGAGUAAGAACUUUGACCAGCUGGUGGCGGAGCUGAAAACUGGGUCCAAGACCGGUGGCGAGUGUUCCGGCCAAUCCCGGGAGGGGGCGGAGCCCAGCCUGCCCGCCCCUGAGCCCUCUGGGGACAAAACAGGACCACCGCACUGCAGGAGGGAACUUGGGAGAAGCACAGUAUUCAGGUCCAGGACAUCCUCUGAGAGCGCCCCUGAGGAGGAGAGGGUUCGCCCCAAAGCCCCGCCUCUUUCCCCUCCCACCCAGAGUCGACUCUCGAGUGAAGACAGCGAAGGGGAGGGACCGGAGGAGCCCCCCGAAUGGCACUCCACCCCUGUGCAUCCAAAACCGCUGGCGCACUGUUCCUUUGGGAGCCACUCUAUUGGCCGCAGCGUUUUCACCUUUGACCGACGGCUACACCACCUACGGUCUGCUCUGAGCUCCAUGGUGGAGCACCACCUCAAUGCCCACCUGUGGAGGAAAAUGGCACAAGCAACAGACGUCAAGUCCCAGCGCACAUCAGUCCGGCCCUCAGUCACUGCCACCACUGACUACAACUCCCAGCAUUCCACAGCCAGCACUGCCAGAGGGGCGGGCAGUCACAGCUCCUCCUCCUUUAGGACUUCCUCCUCCAACGGGGCGGGGAAAGAGGUGCGGCCGCAGAACUGCUCCCCCAGCCCCGGGACUGGGUGCGGCCCUUCCGAAAGCACAGGCGGUGGCCGGCCAAUCACCUCCCCCGUCCCCGGCCAUAGCCCCUCCCCCUCGGGCGCGGGCCGCCCCCGUAACCCUGUGGGCCGUCCCAGCAAGCAGCAGCUGCGCCUCCGCCAGGCGGAGCAAGCCGCCACAGCGUCCCGCAAGAGGAGGGCGUCCCCUCAGGAGGACGACUCGCCCAGCCCCGAGCGCUCCUCGGGUGCCCCUGUUCCACCGGGACGGCCGCCCGUUUCGGGCAGGACAGCUCCUUCCCCUCACGGACCAAUCAACGGCUCUCUCUCGCCUGGACACAAACCACGGCCCCAGGCCCAGCCUCGCUCGCCCUCCCCUGGGCUGUUCAAACGCGCCCCCCCUCCUGUCCGUCAUUCCCCUGACCCCGCCUCCGGGGUGCACAGCAAGGCCGUGGGCUACGACCACAAGGGCAGGAAGUGCGAGGGCAGCGGGCCCUCGCCCCAAAAGAUUCACAGGCUACCUUCCUCCUCUCCCUCCGGGUUCUUCUCCUGGAAGAAGGAUGGCAUUGGGGGGGGCCUCUCCACAGGCCUGGAGAAAAAGCUCAGCACGCAGAAGCCAAAACUGCACCACUAAGAGUGCCUGCCUUAUAAGACACCAGGAGGAGAAGCCUGCAGUGGUCUGCUGCCACUGACCGGGGGGUGUGCGGGACAGCAGAAAUGUGUUUACGCCUGAAUGUCGUGUGUGUGUGUGUGUGUGUGACAAAAUGGAUGUGUGACUACCUGUGUUUGAAAAUUUAAAAUACCUCAAGAACUACCUCUGAUGCUGCUAAACAGAAAAAAAAUGAAUUGAUAUAUGAAAAUGGAUUAAAAUAUCCUCAAUGUC